CCCCCCUUACCCCGUCACUCUCCACAAACCACCCCAGCUGUCACUGCUUUCCACUGCUUGGGGACAGGGGUUAGCCUCCACUAUUCUACUCCAUCACCAGCCCAACUCACAUAUUGCUUCUCAUCUAGAGCUUCUAUUCUCUAAUUCCAGCAUGUACCAGAACAUCUCUCCUGUGACCUUCUCAACCUGAUACCCCACACCAGCCAGCACUAUCUCACUUUAGCACUAACUCUGCAUUGUCCCUGUGGGUGCCACCCUGAUACUCUUAUAGUGCAUGGUACCUGGCCAGGCAGGUGUUUGGGAACCACCAUCAGGGCAACUUACUGUGAACACCCUGAGCCACAAGCCACCCUUAAGCCUGCACCUUCUCACCUCCACUCAUCCUGUGGCUGUUCCUGAGGAUCUCCAGUCCAUACCUGACUCAGUGCUCCCCUGACACCCCACCAUGGGCACCCCAGGAGACAUUGGCUCCUUCACCGUUUGGGACUACCUGGUUUUCGCUCUAAUGCUAGUCAUCUCUGCUGCCAUUGGGAUCUAUUAUGCUUUUGCGGGGGGCGGACAGAAGACCUCCAAGGACUUCCUGAUGGGCGGAAGAAGCAUGACUGGUGUACCGGUGGCGUUGUCUCUGACUGCCAGCUUCAUGUCUGCUGUUACAGUGCUGGGUACACCGGCGGAGGUGUACAGAUUUGGAGCCAUGUUCAGCAUUUUUGCUAUCUCUUACGGUAUCACUGUGCUCCUCUCUUCAGAGAUUUAUCUACCAGUCUUCUAUAGGUUGGGGAUCACCAGUACUUAUGAGUACCUGGAGCUGCGGUUCAAUAAAUUUGUACGUCUAUUUGGAACAAUCCUUUUCAUCAUACAGAUGAUUUUAUAUACUGGAAUAGUUAUUUAUGCUCCCGCUCUGGCAUUAAAUCAAGUCACCGGCUUUGACUUAUGGGGUGCAGUUGUAGCAACAGGAGUGGUGUGCACUUUCUACUGCACAAUGGGUGGCCUGAAAGCAGUGGUAUGGACAGAUGUAUUCCAAGUUGGAAUCAUGGUUGCUGGAUUUUCUUCUGUAAUUAUCCGAGCGGUAGUUGUUCGAGGUGGAAUCGAACCUAUCUUGAAUGAUUCUUACUAUGGAGGCAGACUGAACUUUUGGGAUUUUAAUCCCAAUCCACUGCAGAGACAUUCCUUUUGGACUAUACUCAUCGGAGGAACCUUUACGUGGACCGGAAUCUAUGGUGUCAAUCAGUCUCAAGUCCAGAGAUACAUUUCAUGCAAAUCCUUAUUUCAUGCAAAAAUGUCUCUUUAUAUUAAUCUUCUUGGACUCUGGGCAAUUCUGACCUGUGCAGUAUUGAGUGGGUUGGCUAUGUACUCAAUAUACAAGGAUUGCGACCCAUUUACUGCCAAUUUUGUGUCAGCCCCAGAUCAGCUGAUGCCCUAUCUCGCGUUGGACAUUCUAAGGGACUAUCCUGGACUUCCAGGGCUGUUUGUCGCCUGUGCAUACAGUGGAACCUUAAGCACUGUGUCGUCGAGUAUUAAUGCUUUAGCUGCCGUUACUGUAGAAGACCUUAUAAAACCUUACUUCAAAUCGCUCAGUGAAACCAAGCUAUCCUGGAUUUCUAAAGGAACAAGUCUCUUGUAUGGAGCUGUAUGCAUCGCCAUGGCUGGCGUGGCUUCCCUGAUGGGUGGGUUGUUGCAGGCAGCACUCUCUAUUUUUGGUAUGGUUGGAGGACCGUUGUUGGGGCUUUUCACCCUAGGCAUUCUGUUCCCAUUUGCAAAUUCAACAGGUGCUAUAGUUGGUCUUCUGUCUGGAUUUACGAUAUCUUUGUGGGUCGGCAUUGGUUCUCAAAUCUAUCCUCCUCUUCCCAUAAGAACUUUACCCAAACCUUUUUCAAUUGACGGUUGCAAUUUCACCAUCUCGAAUUUCACCACAAUAAUGCCGUCACUAACGACACUAUUAGCAGAUGAACCAAUCAGCAGACCUGCCCUUGCUGACAACUGGUACUCCAUGUCCUAUCUAUACUUUAGUACUAUAGGUACUAUCGUUGCUGUGAUUGUAGGUGUAAUAGUCAGCUUGUUAACAGGAGGAUUAAAACAAAAUAUAAAUCGUGAUUGUUUGUUAACAUCUAAAGACUUUGCUUACCUGAAGUCGCUAUUUCCAUGCUUCAAAAAUGAAGAAGAUGAGAAAAUUGAUGUUUUGAGUAAUAAGUACAUUGGGACAGAUCUCUAUAUUGAUCACGGGACAGAUAACCCUACUUUUAACCAUCUAGAAAUGAACCAUACAGAAAAAAAGGACACAGCGAAUGGAAUUCAUUUAUAAAAAAUAUUAUUUUACGACUUUUUUUUUAAUUGACCGAAUGAUACAACUGACAUGUAUCAUUUGAAUAGAAUAUUGAAUAGAAUAUUUGAAUGGAAUUUCCCCUGGGUAUCUGAAAAAGAUGCGUCUCUGAAGACAGAUUUCAUAUCGCUUCCAAAAACUGUAAAGUUGUAACAGAAUGCACAUUUUUGUAAUUAUGUGAAGGUUUGUAUAUAAUGAUAACUGCAAUAACUUUAAAGAACCCUUCCAUGCACACACUUUUUUUUGUAACAUAUUUUUUUACGUACUAUAUAAUCUAGUGUAGAAUAAUGAUGUUUUUUAAAAAGGAGGUGAACUCAGUUUAAUAACAUUAUGGGAAAAUUGACAAUGAAAUUUUAAAAUUUAGGACAAAAAAAAUCAACAUGCAAGCAAUU